GAGAAAAUACAAACAAGUUUCGUAAAAUAACUUUCCAACAAGACCUCGCUGUCAUCUUGGCUAAUCACGGCUCUGAUACGGCUUAUUAGGGCAUACCCACCUUUGCUACCUUGCUUCUCCACCCACCACCCUUUCAGAUCUUUGUCCUGGCUCCGCCUCUCGCCGGCGUUAUAAUGGGCUGGUCUGAAAGUGGUGGAGAGACACACAACCACAGGGGAAGGGAGAGAUAAUGACAAUAACACUAAUAACCCUAAUAACCCGUCUGCUGCCCGCCUCGCAGCGAGGAGCCAGCCCGGCGUCCCGGCACUGACAGGUCGAAGCCGGAGAGAGCGGAGUAACCCCGACGGCCCUCGAGAGCUUCUCCCCGCGCCCGGGGAGCGCCGAACGGUAACAGCGGCAGCGCCCCCGAGGAGCACCGAGCCCGGGCGGACACGGAGAAGUGCCGGCUCCGGCAGCCGCCCGCCCUCUACUCGCACCGGCUCCACGGGGGCCGCCUCGCCCCUCUCCUUCUGCCCCAUGGAGCGGCGACAGUAAACGGCGAGAAGGACAAAAAAGGGGGGCGAAAGGAGAGCGAGCACCCCAGUGGGGGAGAAGGAGGUGGAAGCCCGGAGGGAUCGCCCAGUCCCGAGGGUGGCAGGGCACCGCCGCCCGUCCUCGGUGCCCACCGGCCGCGAAGGAGCCGGCCCCUGCAAGCGACCCCGGCCCGGCGGGCUGAGGCGGGCGCGGAGCCCCGCUGCCCUGCCCUGACGGUCUCGCCUGCCGCCGCGGAGCUGUCCAAGCCGGCGAGGGGACAGAAAACCUCCGGGUCCCCUCGCUGCCUCCCGCCUCCCCUGAGGCCGCGCCGAGGGGCGGGGGUCGCGCCCUCCCAGCGGAGCCGCGGGGUGCGGGGGGGCCGGCGGCGCCAUCGCCAUGAAGCUGGAGGUGUUCUCGCAGCACUAUGAGGACAAGCUGAGCGCCGGCAGCGACCAGGAAGGCAGCGGCUCGCUCUCCCCGGCUCCGGCGGAGAGCGAGCUGGGCUCGGACGGUGACUGCGCGGCCAACAGCCCGGGCGGCGGGGCCGGGCGGCCGGGGCAUCCCCCGCCGCCGCCCCCCACGCCGCAGCCCCCGCCACCUCCGCCGGCCGAGAGCGCCAAGGGGAAACCCUACACGCGGCGGCCGAAACCGCCCUACUCCUACAUCGCGCUGAUCGCUAUGGCCAUCCGCGACUCGGCCGGCGGCCGCCUGACCCUGGCCGAGAUCAAUGACUACCUGAUGAGCCGCUUCCCCUUCUUCCGCGGCGCCUACACCGGCUGGCGCAACUCGGUGCGCCACAACCUCUCCCUCAACGACUGCUUCGUCAAGGUGCUGCGCGACCCGGCGCGGCCCUGGGGCAAGGACAACUACUGGAUGCUGAACCCCAGCAGCGAGUACACCUUCGCCGACGGCGUCUUCCGCCGCCGCCGCAAGCGCCUCAGAUGA